AUGUCUGCAGCCACCGCCGGCGAUCCGCACGCUGCGGAAGUCCCCAGCAGCCAGCCUACCGAGAAAAAGCACAAGCGCUCCAAGUCCGACCACAAGAAGAAGCGGUUGCGCGAGGACGAUGACGGCGCCGUGGUAGCUGAGACUCCGCGCAAGCAGAAGAAGACCAAGAGCGAGAGCGCCGAUGAGGCGGAGGUAGAGAAGUCGCACGAGGUGGUGGAUGAGAAGGUCGAGAAGAAAAAGAAGAAGAAGAGUAAAGAGGAGGGCGAAGAUGGAACGAACAAGAAGGAGAAGAAGAGCAAACGCAGAGAAUCUGCUGUGAUGGACGCCAUGGAUGUGGAUGGCACCGAGGAGAAGACCGAGAAGAAAAAGAAGAAGGACAAGAAGAGGAUAGAUGACACGCAAGAAGCCGAGCCUUCAGAUGAGGAGAAGAAAGAUAAGAAGAAAAAGAAGCACAAACCCAAAGAGCCCGUCACGAUGGACAUUCCCAUCCGCGAAGCACAGCCGAGCACCGACAUCCCCUCCGACUCCGACUUCCCCUUCUACACGCAAACCAUCUCCCUCUAUGUCCCCUUCUUCCCCGCCGGUUUCGAUAAACCCCUCACAAACAUCGCCGCCCAGCACCUCGACCCCCUACUCAACCACUACUCCCCCAUCUUGCGUGGCGUCCUCCUCAGCUACUCCAACCUCAACCUGUCCGACCGCCCGGUCAGAGCAAGCACCAUCCAUCCCCCGACAGAUCAAACACCUGCCCUGCUGCACUCCAUCAACGAGUACGCCGUCGGCUUUGGCUGGCUCACUUUCGACGCGCACCUGUUUGUCCCCGCCCGCGGGAAAUGGAUGGAAGGUGUCGUGCAACUCCAAAACGAAGGCCACAUUGGCGUUGUAUGCUGGAAUAAGUUCAACGCCAGCAUCGAGGCGAAGCGUCUCCCCAAGGGCUGGAGGUGGGUCGACCUAGCCAAGGGUAACGCUAACCCCAAACCGGAGCCUCCAGCAGAAGAACAACCACAAGACUCCUCCAAAUCCGACUCCUCCGACGCCCUCGACGGCGAAGAACUUCAAGUUAUCGAGCAGAUGCACACCACCGGCUACUGGGUCACUGCCCAAGGCAAGCGCGUCUCUGGCAAACUGCGCUUCCGCAUCAAAAAUUUUGAUGUCGGUCUUGCAGGCGACUACGGAUACCUCUCCAUCGAAGGUACUUGCUUGGAUGACGCUGAAGAACAAGCGCUCGCGGCUCAGGAACGCGAAAUGGAGCGUCAGCGCCGCGCCAAGCAGCAGGCGCGGGGGGGGUUGUUGAGACCCAUGUCAAGAAGGGUGCCCGAGUUCAGUAUGACAAGGUUUGGGCGCGAGGAGCAGGAGGAAGAUGGGCAGGGCAGGGCGGUGCUAUAUCGCGGGAGCAGGCCCGGAACGCCUGAUGACUAG